CCGAGACGAAGAAACAGAAAACAAGAAACAAAAUGGACUCCAAAACUUUCUCUCUCGCAUUCGUCAUCUGCAUUUCAUUAAUCUCUUAUUUUCACCCCGCAACUUCCCAAACGAUCCCAAACAACCCCUUCUCUUUCUUAACGUCUGCGAGUUUGCCGAAGCUCAGCGCGGAGAGGCUGAUCAGAUCCUUCAAUUUGCUUCCUAAGCAUGACGUUAACAUCGUCGCUGGAGACACCCCCGAUGGCACGAGGCUGGUCGAGAGGCAAUUCAAUUUUCCGGCGGUUCUCUCCGGCGGAGAAUCCGGUGGUCCGUCGGUUAAGGAGUUCGGCCACCAUGCUGGGUACUACAGACUCCCCCACUCAAAAGCCGCAAGGAUGUUCUACUUCUUCUUCGAGUCACGGAGCAGCAAAACCGAUCCGGUUGUGAUCUGGUUAACCGGCGGACCGGGUUGCAGCAGCGAACUCGCUUUGUUUUACGAGAACGGGCCGUUCACGAUCUCUAACAACUUGUCCCUUUCUUGGAACGAUUUCGGUUGGGACAAGGCUUCGAAUCUAAUCUACGUGGACCAACCGAUCGGGACCGGUUUCAGCUACUCCUCGGACAAGAGAGAUCUUCGACACGACGAGGAUGGUGUCAGCAACGACUUGUACGAUUUCUUGCAGGCGUUUUUUAAAGAGCAUCCUCAGUUCGCGAAGAACGAUUUCUACAUAACCGGAGAAUCCUACGCCGGGCAUUACAUCCCGGCGUUGGCUUCAAGGGUUCACCGAGGAAACAAGAACAAAGAAGGAACUCACAUCAAUCUCAAGGGUUUUGCUAUCGGUAACGGGUUAACCAAUCCCGAGGUCCAAUACAGUGCAUACCCAGACUAUGCUUUGGACAUGAAGUUGAUCACGGAAUCCGAACACGAAACCAUCAAGAAACAAUAUCCUGCAUGCCAGCACGCCAUCAAAGAAUGUAGCAUGGACGGUGGAGAAGAUGCUUGCGGAUCUGCUUACUACGUCUGCAACGAUAUCUUCCAAAAGAUCAUGCAGAUUGCUGGAAGCGUAAAUUACUAUGAUGUGAGGAAGCAAUGCGAAGGAAGCUUGUGCUACGAUUUCUCGAACAUGGAAGCGUUCUUGAACCAGAAAUCGGUUAGGAGCGCCUUAGGAGUGGGAGAUAUCGAGUUUGUGUCGUGCAGUUCGGCGGUGUAUGAUGCAAUGCAGAUGGAUUGGAUGCGGAAUCUCGAGGCCGGGAUCCCAACUCUUCUUGAAGAUGGCAUCAAAGCCCUCGUUUACGCCGGAGAAUACGAUCUUAUCUGCAACUGGCUCGGAAACUCGAAGUGGGUUCACGCGAUGGAGUGGUCAGGGCAGAGAGAUUUUGUCUCGGCAUCGACGAUUCCGUUUCUGGUAGACGGUACACAGGCCGGUUUAAUGAAGAACCACGGUCCACUCACCUUCCUCAAGGUUCACGACGCAGGACACAUGGUUCCAAUGGAUCAACCAAAAGCUUCACUGCAAAUGCUGCAGAAUUGGAUGGAAGGGAAACUCGGUACGACCCAAGGCCGGACCGCUCCUCUGUAACUUCGUACCGAACCGGAGAAUAUUAUUAUAUGUUAUUACAAAGUUUGUUAAAAAAUAAUAAUGUUUUGUUAUUCUUUUCAUAUAUAGCAAUUUAAUUUAAUGAUAUGUUUCUCAACUGAUAUGUUCCCAUCUCCCCCUUUCAUGGUUUCACUGUUGUUAUUUAGGGAUGGAGAAUUUUAAUUUUAAAAAGGUUUUUUAUUUUUA